UAUUAUCUUGAAACGACACUUUUCGUGUCGUCCAUUAGUAGUUCUUUGGACGUAGGAGACUGGGCACAAUGGCUCCUAGAGAGAAUGAUUAUUUAGAAGAGGCUCAUAGAAGAGCGGUGGCAAAGAAGACCCAUGUGAGUUUCCCGCAGCUGAAGUACCCGUCUCUUCGCGAUGAAGGCCCGAGGGACCCAGUACAGUGGCUUGCAGGGAAGGCCAUGGAUGAUGGGGCUGAGGGACUGUGGAGGGUGCGGGACGGCAUCUAUGACCUCACCGACUUCAUACAUAGACAUCCUGGUGGCGCGGAGUGGCUGGAGCUUUCCAAGGGUACAGAUAUUACCGAAGCAUUUGAAGUGCACCACUUGAGUGAAAGUGUAGAGACGCUGUUACAAAAAUUUUACGUGCGGGAAGCAAAGACACCAAGAAAUUCCCCUUUCACUUUUAAAGAGGAUGGCUUCUACAAAACACUGAAACGUGAUGUUGUAGCUGAAUUAAAGAAGUUACCGAAGAGUUACAAUAGAGAAACAGAUAUGAUAACUGAUGGGUUGCUGGUGACAUGUUUUGUUACCGCUGCUUUGUCUUGUUGGUUCAGCAGUCCUUGGUUGGUCUGGGCGAGUUAUCUUAUCUCUUCUGUUUCGUUAGCAUGGCUGACGGUGGCGUCACAUAAUUACAUCCACCGUAAAACCAACUGGAGGAUGUAUUGUUUUAACUUUAGCAUGUGGUCUUACAGAGACUUCAGAGUUUCUCAUGCUCUCUCUCAUCACCUGUUUCCCAAUACGUUGAUGGACUUGGAAGUGAGUGCAUUCGAGCCGCUAGUGUGGUGGAACCCUCGCAGGGACAAACCUUUCCACGCCAAGUUCUCCUUCCUGAUAGAGUUGGCUUACUUCCCUUUGGCAUUCUUAGUCAAUUUUGCAAAAAGGUUUGCCUCUAACUUCACUCGCGAGGGUUUCUUCCAGAAGCACUACAGAUGGCAUGAUGGCAUCGGCUUUAUCUUGCCCUUGUGGAUGUACCUGGUCAGUGGCUGCAGCGCCUAUGAAGCCGUCGUCACGUGGCUCUGGAUCGUCUGCACCGCUAGUUUUGUCUUCUUCAGCAUCGGGUCUAAUGCUGCUCAUCACCAUCCCAAGAUCUUUAAAGAUGGAGAUCAAGUCCGAGAUGUGACACCAGACUGGGGUAUGCACGAGCUAGAGGCCGUCAUGGAUCGUACCGAUGUCAAUGGAAACCAUUUCACAGUGAUGACAUUCUUCGGCCAUCACGCUCUUCACCACUUGUUUCCCACCGUGGACCACGGGGCCUUGGAGUACCUGUACCCAGUACUUUAUAAGAACUGCAAGAAGUUCCGGGGCAAUUUCCGUUUGACCUCGUCUCUUGAUCUGUUCAUUGGACAACUCCAGCAGUGCGUCAAGACUGAGCCUAAUGUGUUGAAAGAUGAUGAAUGAGAAGAAUAAUGGUUUCAAAUGAUCGCUUUUUGAAAUUAAUCAAAAACUGUUGUUCAAAAUCUAUAUUAAAUUUAUUUUAUUAAGUAAUCAAAAGGGUUUUCAUUAGUGAAAUAGUGAAUUUUAUACACCUAUUUGGCAUAUAAAAUAAUUUCGAUUAACUAUGGCACCGAAAGAAGAAUUUGCCUUGGCAACUUAAAGGUUCAAAUAACCA